UCCACACAUGCCUUUCCCAUCUCAAAUAAAUCCAAAGUCAAUGAAUUCAAGUCCUGACUUCUUCUCCCACCUUCUCUUGUCCUCCGCAACCGGCGCAUGUUAGAACAAGUUUGUGCCGGAUCUUAUCACGCAAGUCCCCAUCUAAUUGAACCUCACCCCAUCUCCAUCUGGACCAUCUCCACAACCCCAAACCCCACCCACCCAACCAACCAACAACCCCUCUCUCUCUCUCUCUCUCUCCUAAACAAGAAAAAGCCCUCAAGGGACCAACACAACCCCUCCGUUUAGCUCUUUGGCUUAUCACCACCAACACCACCACCCACAUGGCGCACUACACCACCUCUAGGCGCCCUUUAGCAGCUACAGACCCCAAGACACCCAUGGAUCCCACAAACAGAAAGCAAUCCAAAUCUCCGUCUUUCACCACCUCCACUAAACCCCACCAAGAUCCCAAUCCCACUAACCCCUCCUCAACUAUCCACUCCUUAACCAAGAAAUUCUCAAAUUUGUACACAAACCCAAAUCAAAACAAGGCCCUUCCACCCCAUAAAUCGUCAAACCCACCUUCAAAACCUUCCGUAGACACCCAAUUCCAAUCCAAAUCCAUGGCUGUUUCUGUAAAUGAAGAUGCAUCCGGCAAGACCCACCUCAAAUCAAGCCACCAACAUAGGAAAUCUGUGUUGGAGAUGGAGAAAGAUAGGCUAAGAGCCUCAAUUACUGGGUCUACAGACCACAAAUACUCGAAAAAAUCCCAUGAAGGAUGUGAGAUCAAAGACUUGCUCGAAAUCGAUAUACCGAAAACAGAGAGAAUCAAGAAAUCAUCAAAGAAAGGAAGGGAAAAGAUGGAAUCUCACGAAGGUUGCGAUAUCAAGAGGGCGUUGGUCUCACUCUCAAGGAGUCAAGAAUUUGAAUUGAAGGAAUCCCAUGAAAAUAUGAGAAGGGCAUCAUUUUCAGUUGCAUUGAGUGGUGGUGGUGGUGGUAGAAGGAGGUCAAUUUGUAAUCCUCAAGCUGAAUUGGGAGAUUUCUUGAGAGUCAAUGGUGUGAAGAUUGUUUCUGUGGAUAUGCCACCGUUCAUGCAAGUCCAUGCUGUGGAUUGUGCAAGAAAGGCUCAUGAUAGCUUGGAAAAGUUCACUUCCAAGACCCUGGCUCUCUCCCUCAAAAAGGAAUUUGAUGGGGUUUAUGGACCAGCUUGGCACUGUAUAGUGGGGGCUAGUUUUGGGUCUUUUGUGACACAUUCAGUUGGUGGGUUCAUGUAUUUCUCAAUGGAUCAAAAGCUCUAUAUCCUCUUGUUUAAAACUACUGUACAAAGAGCUGAUUGAAGCUGAUGAUGACAUAGGAAGUAAGUGUAAGCAUUUUAACAUAGAGAAGAAUAUUUGGAAUGCUCAAGAAAGCCUAAAUCAGCAGGUGUUGUCUCCUUUUCUGCUUUGUAUUUAACUGAGCCGUGCAUGGGUACAUGUUGUUCUUUC